AGUAUUAUGCUAUAAUUCAUAACAGGCUACAGAGACAGCGGCGGCCAUUCUGAGAAUCCACAACAGGGAAGUCACCGAUCCCCCGCUCCCGGGCACAAGGGGAACAUCUGUAUUAUCCUGGGGACGAGCAGCAAUCUAUAGGGAACCCCACUGCCUCUUGCUAUGAUAAUAUAUAUGUACACAGAGCACAGGGGUGAUCGCUGAGUCCUGGGGGUGACAGGCGGCUGUUCUGCUAACAGGAGCCCAGCGCCGGGCAGCAGCAGCCGGCGACGGAGGAGGCAGGGAUCCCCGGCCGCACGCAGCAGCAACCGCCCCUCUUCCCGUCCUCCCCCGGCCUCUCUGACAGCUCUGUCGCCAGCUGCCUCCCACUGUCACUGAGAACAUGCAUCAAUGAAUGGGAGCAGGUCUGAGGGAGGCGGAGGAAAGCGGCCCCAACCUGUGCAGCUGACCCCUGGCAGAGCCAGACACCAUGAGGAGCAGGAGUAAUUCAGGGGUCCGGCUGGAUGGAUAUGCCAGGCUUAUUCAGCAGACCAUACUGUGCCACCAGAACCCGGUCACUGGGCUGCUCCCUGCCAGUAACGAACAGAAAGAUGCCUGGGUCCGAGACAAUGUAUAUAGCGUCCUGGCGGUUUGGGGUUUGGGAAUGGCAUACAGGAAAAAUGCUGACCGUGAUGAGGACAAAGCUAAGGCCUACGAACUAGAACAGAGUGUUGUGAAGCUGAUGCGUGGGGUCUUACACUGCAUGAUAAGACAGGUUGAUAAAGUUGAAAAAUUCAAACACACGCAGAGUCCAACAGAUUGCCUUCAUGCAAAGUACAACACAGCUACCUGCAGCACCGUUGUUGGCGACCACCAAUGGGGACAUUUACAAGUUGAUGCUACCUCGCUCUUCCUGCUUUGCCUGGCACAAAUGACAGCUGCAGGACUCCGUAUUGUGUUUACACUGGAUGAAGUGGCCUUCAUACAGAAUGUUGUGUUUUAUAUAGAAGCUGCUUAUAAAGUUGCCGAUUAUGGAAUGUGGGAGCGAGGAGACAAAACAAAUCAAGGAAUUCCUGAGCUUAAUGCCAGCUCGGUGGGGAUGGCAAAAGCUGCUCUAGAAGCUAUUGAUGAACUUGACCUGUUUGGCGCUCAUGGUGGUCCUAAGUCAGUGAUUCACGUCCUUCCUGAUGACGUAGAGCAUUGUCAGUCAAUCCUUUACUCCAUGUUACCACGAGCGUCCACCUCCAAAGAGAUUGAUGCUGGUCUGCUCUCUAUUAUUUCAUAUCCGGCAUUCGCAGUGGAAGAUAUAAACCUGGUUAAUGUUACCAAAAAUGAAAUCAUCACAAAGCUACAAGGAAGGUAUGGCUGCUGCCGAUUUCUCAGGGAUGGUUAUAAAACACCCAGAGAGGACCCAGCUAGGUUACAUUAUGACUCAACAGAGCUGAAGUUGUUUGAGAACAUUGAAUGCGAGUGGCCUAUAUUCUGGACAUACCUAGUCAUUGAUGGAAUAUUUAAUGGGGACCAAGUUCAGGUACAAGAGUACAGAGAGGCUCUGGAAGGAAUAAUAAUCAGAGGGAAAAAUGGGAUUCACCUUGUGCCGGAAUUGUACGCCGUCCCAUAUGACAAGAUAGAAGAGGAAUAUCAUAACCCCCAUACGGUUGACCGUGUUGCUUUGGGAAAGAUGCCACAUCUGUGGGGACAGUCGCUCUAUGUUCUCGGAUCCCUGCUCGCUGAGGGAUUUUUAGCUGUUGGAGAAAUUGAUCCCUUAAAUAGAAGAUUUUCAACUGGAUUUAAGCCUGACAUUGUAGUGCAAGUUUCAGUUCUGGCAGAAUCAGAAGAAAUUAAGAACAUGUUAAAAAAACAUGACAUCAAUGUUGAGAGCUUCAGUGACGUCAGGCCGUUCCGAGUGCAGCCUGCGAGAAUUUUGAGUCACUUAUAUGCAAAACUCGGAAUUAAUAAAGCCAUGAAGCUGAGUGGGCGCCCAUAUCGUCACAUCGGGGUACUAGGAACAUCCAAACUGUACACAAUUAGGGAUCAGAACUUUACUUUUACUCCGCAGUUCACAGACCAGCAUCACUUCUACCUAGCUCUGGACAGCAGGAUGAUUGUGGAGAUGCUCAGGACUGAGCUGGCAUACCUGAGUUCUUGCUGGAGAAUGACUGGCAGACCAACCCUCACAUUCCCCAUCACUCACUCCAUGCUCAAUGAUGAAGACUCUGACAUAGACCCAGCUAUUCUUUCUACAAUUAGAAAACUUGAUGACGGAUAUAUUGGAGGCGCAAGAGUAAAGCUGGGAAAGCUGUCUGAUUUCCUCACUACAUCAUUCUUUACUCACUUAAGUUUCCUGGACACUGACUGUGAUGAAAAGUUCUUUGAUGAAAGUAAUGAGGGCUACUAUAGUCCAGACAGUGACUAUGAACAUGAAUUAGGUGGAUUUCAAUCUAAACGUGAUGAAAAUGAUGAAGUCCAAGAUGAACUUGAUCAGUACAUAAAGCACUUGCAGCAAAGCGUGGCUUCUACCACACACCUGCCCCCUAUAGCCACUGGCUCAGCGCAGCACCUUGCUUUCAGCGCUCUGCACUCCACCCGGGAUAUACUGUCCUUAAUGGCCAAAUCAAAGGGCCUUGAAGUAUCUAAUUCUUCACUGUUUCUACCCACUAAAAAUUUAAGUGGUCACCGGAGGUCUUUGAAUCUGUUAGAAGUUCCUCAACUCCAUAAAUCGCAGAAAAAAGAAACUGAGUUAAAUUUACCCAAGGACUCACAUGGUAAUGUCGACUGUGAAAAACUAGUGGCGCAACUUAAGGAGUGCCCGACCCUUCAGGACCAGGCUGAUAUACUGUACAUAUUGUGUGUCAUAAAAGGACUUGAGUGGGACACCAAUCUUAAUGGUCAGUUUGGAGUCACAGUGCACUGUCUACUGACUGAGCUGUACGGCAAAGCUGGCCUCAGCCGAGAGUGGGGACUAAUCCGAUACAUCUCCGGACUUCUGAAGAAGAGAGUGGAGGUCCUAGCAGAGGCCUGCACUGAUAUCCUGUCACAUCAGAAGCAGCUGACGGUAGGGCUGCCGCCUGAACCUCGUGAACACACCAUUACAGCUCCUUUGCCUCCAGAGGAAUUGGCUGAUCUGAUUUACAAAGCAAGCGGACAAGAUAUUAGCAUUGCUGUGCUGACACAGGAAAUAAUGAUAUAUCUAGCAAUGUACGUCCGGUCUCAGCCCAGUCUCUUCGCGGAGAUGCUCAGGCUCCGCAUUGGUCUCAUCAUCCAGGUGAUGGCUACUGAGCUCGCCAGGAGCUUAAACUGCUCAGGCGAAGAAGCCUCUGAAAGUUUGAUGAGUCUCAGUCCUUUUGACAUGAAGAAUCUUCUUCAUCAUAUUCUUAGUGGGAAAGAGUUUGGCGUGGAACGCAGUUUGCGCCCAAUUGAGUCUUCUGCCACCAGUCCAGCUAUUUCUAUACACGAGAUGGGACACACAGGGGCCACUAAGACUGAAAGAACCGGCAUUAAUAAGCUGCGAAGUGAAAUGAAGCAAAUGUAUAGGAGAUUUAGUGCAGAGGAUCAGUUCUUGUUUGGCCAUUCUGUAAGCAGCAGUAUCCACUCAUCAAGGUCUACGAGAUGCAGUAGUCCAUCAUCUCCAACAGGGACAAUGUCUCCAGUAGCGUCCUGUGGACCCCAACUUGUUUUGGAUGAUCACCAAGGCCAGUGGCUAAGAAGAAGAAGACUUGAUGGAGCUAUCAACCGGGUGCCUGUGGGGUUCUACCAGAAAGUCUGGUCUCUUCUACAGAAAUGCCAUGGUUUGUCUAUAGACGGGUAUGUCCUUCCCUCCUCAAGCACAAGAGAGAUGACCGCUUGCGAGAUCAAGUUUGCUGUCCACGUGGAGUCUGUCCUCAACCACGUUCCUCAGCCUGAGUACAGACAGCUGCUAGUGGAAGCGAUACAUGUGCUCACACUGGUGUCCGAUAUGGAAGUGGAUAGUAUUGGUGGUAUUAUCCACGUUGAUCGUAUUGUGCACAUGGCCAGUGACCUAUUUCUUCAUGACCAGAAAGCCCUUGGAGCAGGAGAUUUUUACCUCGAGCAGGAUCCAGCAACAGGGAUCUGCAGCUUUUUCUAUGAUAGUGCUCCAAGCGGGGCCUUUGGAACGAUGACUUACAUGACCAAAGCUGUGGCUACCUACCUGCAGGACUUUUUGCCCAGUACAAGUUGUUUAAUGCAAUGAAAGGUCAGGGUGUUACACUGUUCAUCUGCCCCAAGGACCAUAAUGUACUGUAUCUUGGAAAAAUGCACAGUAAAUACUGCCUAUAAUACUGGCUGCCCACAAAUGUUAGACAGCUUUAUUUUGACACUGCAACUUACAGUAGAUUUCAGUUUGAACAUGCCCCACCCAAAUCUAACUCUCUCUGCACAUCUUCCCCACCUGUAGUGUGGCAUGGUUUUGCCCAGUUGCUUGCUUUUUUGCUUUGCUUACAAACAUGAAUCAGGCUCUUGUCUGUUACAGCAGACUCAAAAGUAUUUCCACUCAAUUACCUGAUGUUUAUGGUAUCACAGAUGGAAUCUUUAAAUUAUAGGUUGAAUGGAAAAGGAAAAGAAUUCUUGUAAAAACGAAUACAUCUCUCGGGAUGUCGGUAUGUGAAUUUGGCAAACAAAUAGACAUAUAAUAAUUAUUAUUAUAAGGUAUUUUUCAAUAGCAUAUUUUAUUAUUACACUAGUUAACAUGCUUUGACUUCCACAAAUGAAAGACUUACAAUUACUACUGACAAUAACAUGUUCCACAAAUGAUCAAUGCGAUGAAGAAGACAAAACAACCUCAGCAUUGUAAGCGCAAAAUAAAUAAUCUGAAGUAGAACUGAACACAGCCCAUCACAGAACCUGCACAUUUACAUUGUAAUACUGUACAUUGCUUAAAUGUUAUUUUCUGCACUAUACUCAUUAAUGGCAAAUAGAAUUAAUGUGUAUAAUAAAAAGAGCAGGUUACAUAUGUAACUGGUGGAACAUACCAUCGUUAGGAAAAUUGGACCCUUGCAGCCAUGUACAUUUUCAUUUAAAUUUGAUAGCAGCACAGUAACAUCAUUAAAUUAAAAUACUAUGGACCCUAUUCAGUACAGAUUGCAAAUUCUACUAAAAAGCAAAAUUUGCAAUCCGUUCAGUCGCAUGCUGGGGGCCACCCAUCGCAGGGCAAGGCUGCCUACAUGCUACCCGCCGCCCUCCAACUGUGACCGUGCUGUAAUUGCGAUCACACCGCAAUUAGUGCAUUGUCGCAGAUACUAAGGAAGACUCCUGCCAGUGCAGCCUGAAUGCGAUGGCAGGAGUCCCGCCGCCAUUUUUUCGAUCGGAGCGGCUGUGUGUGACUACACGCAGCCACCCCAAAAACGUAGCUGACACACCCUUGUUUUCCCUGCGUCCCCCCUUGUAAUGGUUCGCGGACAUCCCCCGCCCACCCCGCGAAUGUGUCUGACUGUCAAUCAGGCAGAGGCGUUCGCAGUUAAUGUGGGCUGACUGCAUUAACUGCAUGCGCAGGACGGGACCUGCGCGUGUGCGCUGCAACUUUGUCUCAGAAAUUGCGGUUGAAUCGCAUCUGCAAUGCGACCUGAAUAAGGCCCUAUGGGCGGAAUUCAAAGUAGAUGGUGCCCAAAUGGAAUAUUCAAUUGUAGCUCUGUUCGGGGUUGGCGAGCUGAAAUACAUGAAAAGUGACUCGUUUGGGCACGCAAACGGAACUUUUCGUGAUCACGCCAAGCACUGUGGUCAAGUUUAAUCACUUUACACGGCUAAACACGACCUCUAUGGGCGCGAUCAAUGUGAUAACGGGACUCAAUUGAAUAUCACCCCCACCGUCACUUUAGACAGGAGAUCGGGCACGAUAAUCAAUUAAAUUCCACCCUGUGGGUUUAGUCUGCUAUCUUUAUUUCUCACAGGUUAAUGAUAUUAAAGCUCUCUCUCCCUAUAUACUUAUAUAGUGCUAUACGCCCAUUUUGCUUCCUCUUCAUCGGUCACAAUAACACAUGAAAGUCUGCCUAACAUAGGCCCAGUAACUUGAGAGGCUACAGUUUUCUCGGCCUGUGAAAUACUGUAGCUCUCCAACAGAGCAUGCAGCUGACAUAGAGCCAGAUUUAGAGAUGUAAGCAAACCGAUGGUUUACGUACAUCUCCAAGCCAUGUGUCAUUUGGGGCAGGGAAUGUAUUGCAAUGGUCAUAUUCCCGAAAAAUGGGGUGUGUCAUCCCCUUUUUGUGUUGGUGGUGAAGCCAGUGUCUAUAUCUUCCGAUAGAUUUGCUAGCAUCGGCUACGGAGCUGAGACAGCCAGUCUGAGUAGCAUUAGGCACAAUCAGAUGGCCGACGCUGCGACAGACGGUUUCAAUGGUGAUUCAAUGCUGCGACUUAGGACACAGCACUCGGAUCUGCAAUGCUGACAUUGGGCGUCUUUAGUCCUCAGACGCCUCCUGCAGUAUUAACAUAUUUUUGCAGCAGUGAUGCAAAUAGCGUCCAUCUGUAAAUCAGGCCCAUAAUGUGCAUUAGGAAUAUGUAUUUUAAGUGUACGAAAGUUUGAUAUAUUUCUACGGGAUGCGGUCAAGAUCCCGCUGGACGGAAUCCCGGCGGUCGAAAUACCGACACCGGAAUCCCGACCGGCACAAUCCCGACAUAUUCUCCCUCCGUGGGUGUCCACGACACCCAUAGAGGGAGAAUAAAAUAGUGCUCGCAAGGGGCUGAGUUCCGCUCGCCACCCCUGUCGGGAUUGUGCUGGUCGGGAUUCCGGUGUCGGUAUUUCGACAGCCGGGAUCCCGUCCAGCGGGAUUUCGUACUGAUUCCAUUUCUAUAUACUGUACUGCUACUUUUCCAAUGACAGACAUUGGUACAGGUGAAUGCACUACUGAGGCGAGAGUUGCUAGAUGGUCAGUAUGGUAAUCUACUGUAUAAAGCUAGAUCAUGGCUGUAAAUGCAGGUACUACUUAUCUUGCAGUGGCAUUAAUGGAUGUUGAUAGAAAAGCCAUGUCGUAUAUUUCAGCAUCAUGAAUGUGCUUUUGCAGAAGAAGUGCUUUACUCAAGCAAUAUUUUUCCUUUAUUCGGUUUCUAUGUAUAUUCCAUGAUAAAUCUAUAAUCUCUACCUAAGACGUUACUUAUACUGUAUACAAAUGGACAGUGUGUUUGAUGUUCUAUCUGCAUGUUGAUAACUUUUAUUCCUCAUGUUUCAUUUUACUGUUUAACAGCAAUGUAAAUAAUUCAUUUUAGAAUUUCAGUUACCAGAAUAAAAUUAUAUUUAAAAAUAGAUUGAUGUAUUUUAUAAUGUAACAUGUCAGACGUUUGUUCAGCAUAUGCAUGUACUUGUUUAAUAUGUUUGUGCUGUUUAUUAUUACUAUAAAAAUGGGAUUUGUGGUCUAUUUUUGAAGUGUUUUAGUAUCUUGGCUAACUGUGAUCCCCUGACUAAAAGGACUCACUAUUAAAUAGGUUAUAGGGAAUUGACUUUAAUUAUAGACCCGUCCUCGAAAUUAGAUGAAGAAAAUACAUCUACUGUGGUAUAUUCUUUUUAAACUGCUAUUACCAUUGUACAAGCUUUUGUAAUGACUGAUGAAUGUAGAUCUUAUAUCUAAUGCAGAGGUUCCCAAACUUGCAUUAUGUAUGGCACCCAGGGACAGACUGGGUCCUCUUUCCGGCCCUGGCAUCCUUUGCAUCCGAGAAAGGGAUGCGCGGACACUGCAAAUGGGGGUGUGCCGCGAGUCAGGGGGCGUGGACUCGUGGCACGCCCCCAUAUUGCUUAGCAACGGGGGGCACGGACACUGCAAAUGGGGCCGUUCCGCGAGUCAGGGGGCGUGGACUCGCGGCACGCCUCCAUAUUGCUUAGCAACGGGCCAUUACGGCAGCAGAGGACAAAACAGAGCCGGUAGCUGUGCUGUACGCAGUGUUCCUGGCUUUCUGUGGACUGGACCGGCCCUUCUGGCAUUUGAGUGCUCCCCUUAUGAGAGUCUAGUGCCAUGCUCUUCAGGCACUUUUUGUGUAUUUGCCAGAUGGGCAGUCCGGACCUGACGGCCAACAGUUUGUUAUUGAGAAAUGCAGAAAAAAAAAUCUUAAAAUGACAUUCAUUGUGCUUGCCUGUCUUCCAUUGGCUCAGUUCUGUGGUGGUGGGCAGGGUUGUUCGUCUGUUUGUCCACAUAUUUAUGAUUGGCAGCCACCAGCACUGGUUUUGCCUAAAACAUUGACCAUACAUAAUUUGAUUAGGGACUGGACCACCCACCUGUGGCACCCCUGCUAGUGUGCCACAGCACCCAGUUUGGGAACCACUAAACUAAUGUCUUAUAUGUACUGAUUAUUGAAUGUAUAAAGAAGUAUAGAGGGAAACAAAUAUAUAUGGAGCAUUUCAAAUGGCUGCCAUACAAUCUUGUUGUACACUUGACAGGUUUUUAGAUUGAAGUAAGUUUUAUUACCGGUUAGCCAUUAAUAAAAGUUAUAUUAUAUUA